UUGUGCUUCCGGCUGCAGUUUUCCACAAAUUUUCGUUUCCCGUAUUUAGUUAUUUAGUGACGUUAUUUUGUCACUUGUGCUGAUGUUUAUAUCCUCCUCAAAGACUGUUGAAGCUCCAGGAGACUCGGAGCAGCAGGACGGACAUUAGCAAGCGGCAAACCGCCUCUAGCCGCUGCUAGAGGGAGAUUCAACCGCUGCUAGCCGCUGCUAGCGGGAGAUUCAGCCGCUGCUAGCCGCUGCUAGCGGGAGAUUCAGCCGCUGUCCGCACCGCCCCCGGCCGCCUUCCAGGGCGGUCUCAUGCUGCACCCUUAGCCGAGGCUCUGGGUCAUCGAUGGCCGCCCGGCAGCCCUUCGCGGACUCGGACACUGCGGAUGAAGCGGUCCGGGCCACCUGCGAUGAUGCGACCACCUGCAAAAGGUUUGCCACCAGUAAAGGCUACUGGAAGGACUCCAGCCUCCAGUACUUUGUGAGGAACGUUGGAGAGAGGAAGGCACCCGAGAUCAACAGAGGGUACUACGCCCGGGUUCAGGGGGUCAACCUGCUGCUGGAUGCCUUCCUAAAGAAAACCCAAGGUCACUGCCAGGUCAUCAACCUGGGCGCCGGCCUGGACACCACCUUCUGGAGGCUGCAGGAGGAAAAACUGUUGCCAAGGAAGGUUUUUGAAGUUGACUUUCCGACUGUUGUGGCUCGGAAAAUCCACCACAUAAAGACAAAACCCCCUCUGUCCAAACCCAUCAUCGAUGUUCACUCCACCGACUCUUUCCUGCUGGAGUCUCAUGUUCUGGACUCGGACCGGUUCUGCAUCAUUGGAGCCGACCUCAGAGACGUUCCCGGCCUGGACGAGAAGCUGAGGCGGUUCCAGCUGGACCCGGAGUUGCCCACGCUGCUGCUGUCAGAGUGCGUGCUGGUCUACAUGACCCCGUCCCAGUCGUCCAGCCUGGUCCACUGGGCCGCUCAGACGUUUCACACCGCCAUGUUUAUCAACUACGAACAGGUGAACAUGAGCGACCGCUUUGGUCAGGUGAUGAUCGAGAACUUGCAGAGGCGGCACUGCGUGCUGGCUGGGGUGGAGCUGUGCCAGUCUCUGGACUCCCAGAAGGAGCGUUUCCUGCAGGCCGGCUGGGAUCAGGCUAGCGCUCUGGACAUGAUGGCGGUCUACAGCGUCCUGCCUCAGGAAGACGUGGCCAGAAUCGAGCGUUUGGAGUUCCUGGAUGAGAAGGAGCUUCUGCAGCAGCUGCUGCAGCACUACUGCAUCUGCUGGGCCACCAAAGACCGGCUCAACCUGGGGCUGUCACAGCUGGCCUUCUGAGGGUCAAAGGCCACGGUUGGGUUGCCAGAGUUAGCAGGAGGAGCAGCAGGGGAAGAGGACGCUCAGAUCACCUGGAGCCGCAGGGUCAGAGGUCACACUGGAACCAGAUGCUGGAAAAAAUGAAACGAGAAUAUUUAAAAAUGUUUGACAGAAUCUGCUGUAAAUAAAGACUGAGAGAUGAGAAGA